AUGUCAGAGCCCAGGAAGUUAGCAGAAAAACAUUCCAUGGAUAUACCCCAUGUGACAUCCAUCGAAUUACCCUUGAAUGUUAAGAAUCCAGAUCGAGCAAUUGCCAUGCUUGGAGGCAAGGACCGAAUCGCAACUGCAAUAAAUGCCCAAUCCAACCCCAACCGAUUCAAUCUUGCGCUUGAGAAUACGUUGGAGUUACGAUUACGUAACGAUCCAUUCCAUCACCCUAUACAAUCGCUGAUUGGUACCCAAGAGCGAGUAUUGUUGAAGAUGUCCAUCCCUAAGAAGAGCUUACCUCCUGAUUUCCAUGACAACCCCAGUAAAUACCCUAUUCGAGAGUUACUUGAGAGAAAUAAGCAGAAUAAAGAGACCACCAGAGCUAAUAUCCAGCCCGUGGCUAUUGUCGAUCGAAACUAUCUGUUCAAGUCAAUUGCCGAUUUUCAAGUGUCUACCAAGAAUAAUCCCAUAAUUCAAGAAUUCAGUAGUGCUAUUCUUAACGGAAAGAAUUUUGAUACAAUGGACAAGUAUUUGCAAAGCCACAAGAACUUCGUAGGUCUUGAUGAUUUCAAAGACGAGAAUUACUUCAAGAAUACCGAGCAUGGAUUUAUUCCACCUCCUGUUCUUUCUCCUAUUAGAUUCCCAUUCGAUUACAGGUAUCAGAAGAACCCAUUGACUACUGCAAUCAAGGAUGUCAAGAGUGGAGAGAUUAAAGUGGUGCCUAAUAGAAGUACGAUGAAGCUAUACACAAUUAUGCUUGACUAUCACACCGGUGACAUACCUCGUCAUCCUGCUUCUGAAUUACAGGAAAAUUACAAGAAACUAACGAAAAAGAAAUUGGCCGUGAACAGUCCUGAUGCUGUUUUGUUGGAAUGUAUCAAGUGGGUUAAAAGGAUAUUCAAAAUAAAGCCAAUUUGGUUAAGGAAACAAUUGGAGGAUAUUAUUCCUGAUAAGUUUAGAAGAACACUCAAACAAGCCUUGCCUUAUGUAUCGUACAUUUACAAGAGUGGUCCGUGGAGAUUUGCCAAUAUUAAAUUAGGAGUUGAUCCCAAAAAUGAUCCUAGCUUUUGGAUAUACCAAAGUGAAUAUUUCAGAAUCCCAGGAUUGAAAUUCACCACGUUCAUGGCCAACAAGACUGGCAGUCAACGAAUAGUUCCUAGAACCAUUCUUGAAGCCAAUAGACGGGCAGGGAAUAUAGACGAAGCCAAUGAAGUUGAAGUCAGUGAACUGCUAUUCUUCAAUGGGGUUACAUUGCCUUCCACCGUGACAUUCCAACUUGGUGAUAUCUUGGAUUUGGAUAUCACUACAAUUAUUGAAGAUCAUGUGAAACACAUGGGUAACGAUUUUCUUCGCGAACAUUGUGAUUUCCAAGAUGGGUGGCUUAAUCGACAAAGUAUGGAGGUUCUUCGAAGAAUAGUCCGUUACAAGUUGAACCGAAUGGUCAAGGAUGAACCAAUUGAUCAAAAUAAGAUUUACAAGAUAAUAAACACUGAUUAUAUAGUAGAGGAAUUGGGUGGUCUGGCUGAACCUGAGGCAGAUGGCGACGAAGCCGGAGACGAGGAAGAAGUGGAGGGAGAUGACGAAGAUAUUGAGGCAGAAGCAGAGGCAGAAGAAGAAGAAACCAAUGGAACAGAUACUGUUGAUGAAAGAAGUGUAAUGAACAGGCUAGACGAAUUAACGGAAGAUGCUUCAAGUAAGUUAAGCAGAUUGGUUGGCUUUAUCAAACAGGACUCUAUAGAAAAUUAG